CCUCCAUCUGCGCGGUCAGUGAGUUGAGCUCGCGGCCUGCUGUCCUCCUGCUCCUUCAUAGAGAAGGUUAAAGGCGACAGCUGUAUUUCAGCCACUGCCGGACAACGGACAUUUUUGCUCGCUGCCAAAACAAGAGGCCGUGCAACUGCCAAGAAAGAAAUGAGGAGCACCCGCUACGCGAGAUUCGAGCGUCGUCAAGUGAAUACUUAAAUACUACGGGCAUUGACUCCACUGAACCCAUUGAGCAUUUGAGUUUGAUUACAGCUCAAGAAACCGGCGUGAUGGACUUACCGGAGAAUACUGACACUCCAGUCAAUCAUUAAUUUAUCAGUUCACAGGGCUGAAAACCCGUCUAAUGAAUAAUCAAUAAAUCCAUAUUUUAGUUGAGGAGGAGAGCGAGGGAGAGACAAGAGCGUCUUUAACGGACAAGCAGACGAAAAAAUCCUGAGUGAGAAAUCGAUUUGAGCCGAAAAUAAUAACAAUAAUAAUAACAACAACAACAACAACAACAACAACAAUAAUAAUAAUAAUAAUAAUAAUAAUAAUAAUAAUAAUAAAACAAUGGAUGUAAAUUUGGGGGAGAUGUCUGUCCACGGCCACGGAAACCUCAUGCAUCACGCUCAGGACGGACGGACGAUGCUGCAUUCCAGGGACCUCUCCGCCGUUUUUCCCAGGCCUCCCAUGGUCGAGUCCUCCAUGGCCCUGGAGGGCCCAGAGCACCGGCCGCCGGGGCUGGAGCACUCCCUCUCGGCGCUGGGCUACGGGGGGGACUCUCCGACCAGCAGCGGGAGCACGUACACGACCCUGACUCCGCUCCAGCCGCUGGAAGACAAAUUUCAUCACCACCACCACCAUCACCAUCACCACCAUCCCUGCCUGCCUGUCAGCAACGUCAUCGGCAGCUUCACGCUCAUGCGCGAGGACCGCAGCCUGGCGGGCAACUUUUACAACCCUUAUGCCAAAGAGCUGGGGAUGCCCCAGGGCCUGUCCCCCCCUCCUCCCGCAGGGUCAGGCCUUGGGACAGUCAUGCACGGUUACAGCGGCCUGGGCAACGGCACCGCGAGCAACGGAGGACAGAUGCUCUCCGGCUACGAGGUCCACAUCGGAGGCGGGGGAGGCGGGAAUCUGUUCGGCAGGACGCCAGAUUUCGCCCGUGAGAUGUCCCCGCAGCCACUGCCACCGCCCGGUGGCGAUUCGGGAGUGGGUCACCAGCCCGGCAAGAUGGACGGACCCCAGCACGAGCACGGCCACCACGCGCACGUGUACGGCCACCACCCGUUUCAGCACCACCACAACCACCACCACCCCGGACAGCAGCGGUCCUCCGUCGCUCCACCAGGCGACGCCUUGUCUCCCGGAGCGCAGGGCGGGGGCGGGGAGGAGAUCAACACCAAAGAGGUUGCACAGCGAGUCAUCACGGAGCUGAAGCGGUACAGCAUCCCCCAGGCUAUAUUCGCCGAGCGAAUUCUGUGCCGGUCGCAGGGCACCCUGUCCGACCUACUGCGGAACCCCAAACCGUGGGGGAAGCUCAAGUCGGGGCGCGAGACCUUCAAGAGGAUGUCCAGAUGGCUUCAGGAGCCCGAAUUCCAAAGGAUGUCAUCGCUGCGGUUAGAAGCCUGCAAGAGGAAGGAGCUGGAGCAGGGGAAGCUGGAGCGGAACCAGGGCCCCAAGCGGACCCGCCUGGUGUUCACGGACCUGCAGCGGCGCACCCUGCUGGCCAUCUUCCGCGAGAACCACCGGCCCACCAAGGACCUGCAGGUGACCAUCUCCCAGCAGCUGGGCCUGGAGCUCUCCACCGUCAGCAACUUCUUCAUGAACGCCCGCCGCCGGAACCUGGACAAGUGGGGCGACGAGCGCCGGCCGUCCUCCACCGGCUCCAGCGGCUCCGCCUCCGCCCUCUCCUGCAGCACGGCCUGAUGGGACGCC